AUGAAGUUUCAAACCGCCCUCGUAGCCGUGGCCGGCCUGGCUCGCGCCUACCACCACAACAUGAACGACAUCGAGGCCCUGCUCAGCAAAGGAAAGUACAACAACGAGCCGUCGACGGCCCUGCUGGGCGACCUCAAGCGCCUCAAGGACAACCAGCUCACCUUUGCGGGCAAGUACAUCAAGGCGCUGCUGCAAAACAGCGACCAUGUCCCGGGACGCAGCGAGCCGUCGUAUCCCUUGCCCCUGCCGGCCAGGGACACCAAAGCCUGCAAGAAGCACACCUGCUGCAUCUGGAGACACAUAUACUUCGACAUGGCCAAGGAAAUGAAGGACGCCAAGGGCGACUGCAACGACCUGGCCCGCGCGGCCGUCCGCCUGGGCUUCCACGACGCCGGCACCUGGUCCAGCAAGACGGGCGACGGCGGCGGCGCCGACGGCUCCAUCGUCCUGGCCGGCGAGUGCGAGUCGCGCGCCGAGAACAAGGGCCUCGAGGAUUCCUGCAAGAAGCUGCGCGAGUGGUUCAAAAAGUACAAGAAGUACCACGUGGGCAUGGCCGACCUCAUCCAGUUUGCGCACAACGUCGCGUCGGCCGUGUGCCUCUCGGGCCCCGGCUCGCCGACCUUUGUCGGGCGCAAGGACAGGCACCAUCCCUCGCCCAAGGGGAACCUUCCGAGCCCGGACCAGAGCGCCGACGAGCUGCUUGCGCUGUUUGCCGCCAAGACCAUCUCGCCGCGCGGGCUGGUGUCCCUGCUGGGAGCGCACUCGGUCGGCAAGCAGCGCUUCGUGGACACCAAGCAAGCGAACGCGUCGUUUGACACGACGCCCGAGAUCUGGGACACGAACUUCUACGACGAGGUCCUCAAGGACCAGCCUUCGAACGGGGUGUUUCGGCUGAAGAGCGACGGGGUGCUUGCCAGAGAUGCUCGUUCCCAGACGGCGUGGAAGUCCUUUAUGGGCUUCAUGGGCACUUUCCCCUGGGGGACGGAGUACAACCGAGAGUAUGCACGGCUGAGCCUGCUCGGCGUGAAGAACAUCAACCACUUGACCGUCUGCAACUCGACCAUACUGGACCCCGAUCCCGCUAAAUGA